AUGAGUCCAGGAGAUUCCUCUAGUGAUGAGUUUGAUGAAGACGAUCAAGAGAUAUAUUCUUAAUUAGUUGUUGAUUAGUAUAAGUUAGGACUUAAAGAAGUGAGUCAUAAUAAAAAGGUUCUGACUCAGAAUUAUGAAUAUAGAGCAAAGCUAGACGCAUUCAAAAGAUUAGCAAAGUAAAUAUAAACAGAGAACAAUGACAGGAACUAUUUCAUCAUUCAUAUAGAGCAUGAGUAUUAAAGUCAAACUGCAGUCGAUUUUCACAUGAAGACAGUCAAGUUGAUGCCAAAUGAAAUACUUUUGAAAAGUUAAUUAGUUGGAAGCAAUACUUAUACAGUUGAUUUAGAGAUUGGAAUAAAUGAAACAAAGAUUAAGGAUAAAGUGGCAAGAUUUUGUAAGACUCAAAAGAUAAGUACUUCUGAUGAGGCAUCACUAACCAACUAUGUAUUAGUCACAGUUGAAGCUCAAAGAAUGGCUGUAGAAGCUAAGAAACUAAUCCUGGAAAUUUAAAACUUCAAAACUGAUGAUAUGCUCUAGGAAUUUCAUGGUCAAAAGCUACACUUAAUUAAUUCUGGGCAAGCAGGAAGGAGUAAUAGUAAAAAGAGUCAAAAUGAAGUAACUAAUGAUGCAUAAGCGCCUAAAGACUAUGAGAUAAUUUUUGAAAAAUUCAAAAAAUAUGUAGAUAGCAAGAAGGAAAUGUUGAUCACUAAAAUAUACAAUAGAAUGAAAGCUAAAGCCUUGCCUUAGAGAAUAUUUCAAAGACAUCAGACCUACGAGGAUAUCAGAAUGAAGUUGUACUCAAACUUAUAUAGUUCAGUAGAAUUAGUGCUAAAUGAAGGCUACAGAAUAAUUAAGAGGUAUAGAAAGCUUGAUUUUUAUCUUGAAAAAUUAGCAUUUGAUCGCAAAAAAGAAGUCACCAAGAAUAACAAGCAAAAAAAUAUGGCAUUAAAGAUUCUUAUGUAGAAGUAAAAGGACUUAGCGCCUAACUUUUAGAACUAAAGAAGGCCUCAGUCAAAUUUAAGAGGAGGAACCACUCUCGACUUCUACAACAACUAUAAUAGAAUAUCAAAUACUUUAGACGGCAGUCCAGACAAGUAAAGCAUUAACAAUAUAAAGAGUUAUCAGAAUACACCGUCUCCUGAUAAAUUAUAGGCAAAGAAGAGUAUUAUCUAUCAAAAUGAAUCUACACUGAUAUUUGAGGAUAGGCAAAAAGGUGAACUGAAAAAAAUGAUGAAUAUGUAGAACUCAAUGGAACUAGACAUGAGCACUAAGAUGGUUGUACCAGGUGGUAUAACUGCAAUGGGAUAUAGCUCUUAUAUGGGUGAAAAAAAAUCUUAAGGAGAUUAUACUGAGAAAAGUUAAAAAGAUAUGUUUAUUUAAUCAAGGGAGGCAUAGAGUUUGGACUUUAUCAUUAAAAGCUAUUGUUUACAAAAAUGA